CCUCCUCCUCAGGUGAGGCAGCCUGGCCUAGCAGGUCCCAAGCCACCGCCUCUGCCUCCGGGCCGCCCGCCGCUGCGGGGCCACCAUGCUCCUGCCCAGGCCUGGAGACUGACCCGACCCCUGCACUACCUCGAGGCUCCGCCCCCACCUGCUGGACCCCAGGGUAAGGACCAGGCCCCCCAGACUCACAGUUCCAGCCCUGAGGACAAGGGGUUUCCUCGCUCCCCCACCCAGCCUAACCUCCUAAUAGAGGGGUUCCCCGAGACCUGAAGAGGGGCUCUGUGACGUCCCCCCCCAGCACCUAGGUGUCCUGGUCUGCUCUUCCUUGAGACUCAGAAGUUGGACCUCUGUCCUUUCCUCCCCAGACCCAGGAGUUCCAGUCCUCAGACCCCUCCUCCCUCAUACUCAUGAGUCCUGGUCCCCAAAUUCCUCCUUUCCCAGGACGCCUGAUUUCAGGUCCUCAGCCAUCUCCUCCCUCAAACCCAGAUCCUCAGUCCCCUGCUCCAGCAGGCGCAGGCAUGGGGGUCCCCAGCCCUGCAAAUCCAGGCAUCCCCCUGCUCUGGUCAGACACUGACCCCAUCCUUGAACCCAGCCCAACCUGCGUCCGUGAUCACGGCGUGCUCUGGCCAAGGCCCAGUCCCUACAGCCUGCCUGGAUGGACGCCUGGGACUGGGGGCGCCAGGACUGGGCUGGGCUGGGCUCCCCCAGGCCCUGCCUCCCCGUCCAUCUCCUCACAGGUCCCACCCUGGCCCAGGAGGUCAGCCAGGGAAUCUUAACAAGAGGCGGUGACAUGGCGCAGAAGGAGGGUGGCCGGACUGUGCCAUGCUGCUCUGGACCCAAGGUGGCAGCUCUCACUGCGGGAACCCUGCUGCUUCUGACGGCCAUCGGGGCGGCAUCCUGGGCCGUUGUGGCUGUUCUCCUCAGGAGUGACCAGGAGCCGCUGUACCCAGUGCAGGUCAGCCCAGCGGACGCUCGGCUCACGGUCUUUGACAAGACAGAAGGGACGUGGCGGCUGCUGUGCUCCUCGCGCUCCAACGCCAGGGUGGCUGGGCUCAGCUGCGAGGAGAUGGGCUUCAUCAGGGCACUGGCCCACUCCGAGCUGGACGUGCGAACAUCGGGCGCCAACGGCACUUCGGGCUUCUUCUGCGUGGACGAGGGGAGGCUGCCCCACACUCAGAGGCUGCUGGAGGUCAUCUCUGUGUGUGACUGUCCCAGGGGCCGUUUCUUGACCACCAUCUGCCAAGACUGUGGCCGCAGGAAGCUGCCUGUAGACCGCAUCGUGGGAGGCCGGGACACCAGCCUGGGCCGGUGGCCGUGGCAAGUCAGUCUUCGCUAUGAUGGAGCACACCUCUGUGGGGGGUCCCUGCUCUCCGGGGACUGGGUACUGACAGCUGCCCACUGCUUCCCAGAGCGGAACCGGGUCCUGUCCCGAUGGCGAGUGUUUGCUGGUGCUGUGGCUCAGGCCUCUCCCCAUGGCCUGCAGCUGGGGGUGCAGGCUGUGAUCUACCACGGGGGCUAUCUUCCCUUUCGGGACCCCAACAGCGAGGAGAACAGCAACGACAUUGCCCUGGUCCACCUCUCCAGUCCCCUGCCCCUCACCGAAUAUAUCCAGCCUGUGUGCCUCCCAGCUGCUGGCCAGGCUCUGGUGGAUGGCAAGAUCUGCACCGUGACGGGCUGGGGCAACACGCAGUACUAUGGCCAACAGGCCGGGGUACUCCAGGAGGCUCGAGUUCCCAUCAUCAGCAAUGAUGUCUGCAAUGGUGCUGACUUCUAUGGAAACCAGAUCAAGCCCAAGAUGUUCUGUGCCGGCUACCCCGAGGGUGGCAUUGAUGCCUGCCAGGGCGACAGUGGUGGUCCCUUUGUGUGUGAGGACAGCAUCUCUCGGACACCACGUUGGCGGCUGUGUGGCAUCGUGAGCUGGGGCACUGGCUGCGCCCUGGCCCAGAAGCCCGGUGUCUACACCAAAGUCAGUGACUUCCGGGAGUGGAUCUUCCAGGCCAUUAAGCUUCUGGGAAGAGAACGCCCUUUUCUAGAGCCUCUGCAGAGCCUCACGCAGCCCCAGUGGCCACCAGAGGGCACUGCUGCCUCAACAUUGCGAGACAAGAGCUUUCCUGCCUGGAAUCCGCCACGUGUUGCUGAAAACCUGCUGUUCCACUGAAGAAAGGCUCACCUGGGGCCUGUUUUAUCAGCCAGGUCUUUGUCACCUGUAUCUUGUGCGGACCUACAAUCUCAUCCUCUGACUUAAAAAGCCUUAACUUACUGGGAAUGGCCCAGCUGGUCUCAGUCUUAUUUUUACCCAUGCCCUAUUCAAGGUGGAGUCGCUCUGGUUCAAACACCUCUCUGACAGCCAUUCUGAGUUCCAUCUGCAUUAUUGCUUUCUUGGAGGAGUGGAGGGGCUGGGGAGAUUGUGAUUCACUCUGUAAGGUCUUUUACACUGACCGACAGUGCCAAGGAUGCUAUGGUAACCCCUGUGGCCUGCACGGACACUCCAGAUGAGUUCCUGAAAAAUCUGAAGUAACUGGAAGACCACGGAAAGGGGAAGAAUGAUCAACCCUAGCAGCGCCUAAUUAACUUGACAGGUUCUUCUAUUGUUUCAUAUUCCCACCUCAAUUGAUAAGGCAAUUGGACUUUGUAACUGACCUGUGACUCCAGACCCUACGACCUGCUCCUAGCUUGCAAAAACCACCCUAAACUGUAACUUCUGUAACUUUCCACUGCCUACUCCAAACCUAUAAACCCAACUCCUAUCCCACCGCCCUUCGCUGACUCUCUUUUCGGACUCAGCCUGCCUGAACCCAGGUGAAUAAACAGCCAUGUUGCUCA